AUGGCCGCUGCUUCGGCCCAGGCCCCAGGCCAGGCUCAGGCCCAGGCCGGCGAGUCGUCACAACGCCCGCAAGAAAGCGACGUGGACGAGGAGUUCAUCGACGACUCUGCCAGCGACGACGUCCUGAGCAUCGAGCCAAACGCCUCCGCCCAGGACGAGACCGUGCGGGAGUGUGUCCCGCUGCUGGCCGCGACGGACGGCGAUAUCGACUACAACGCGCACGGCGUGCCCUCGCUGCUCCGCGACAACCACAUUAGGUUUCUCCAGAAGCAGCUAGGGCGGUUCCCUGCGCCGUACGUGGCCGCCGACGCCAGUCGCCCGUGGUUCCUGUACUGGUCGCUCAACGCCCUAGCCCUGCUGGGCUACGACACGGCGGUGUACCGGGAGGACUUGAUUAAGACGGUGAGAACUAUGCAGAACCCCUCCGGUGGCAUCGGCGGUGGCCACGGGCAGAACUCCCACCUCGCCACAACCUACGCCGUGGUCCUCGCCCUCGCCAUCGUCGGCGGCGAGGAGGCGUAUGAGGCCAUAGACAGGAAAGCCAUGUGGAGGUGGCUCUGCUCCCUCAAACAACCAAGCGGAGGGAUUCAGAUGACCCUGGGUGGGGAAGUAGACGUCAGGGGAGCAUAUUGUGCAGCCGUUAUUGUAACCCUCCUGAACCUCCCUCUCGACCUCUCUACCGACUCGCCAGCCUGGACGCCUGAGCGGCCCACGCUCUUCACUGGAUUGGCGGACUAUGUACGCAAAUGCCAGACGUUCGAGGGGGGAAUAUCGGGAAAGCCGGAUGGUGAAGCGCAUGGAGCGUAUGCUUUCUGCGCGCUGGGCUGCCUCUCGAUCUUGGAUACUCCGCACCGCAUCAUCCCAAAAUACCUUGACGUGCCACGACUGAUCUCUUGGCUCUCGUCACGGCAGUACGCCCCGGAGGGUGGCUUCAGUGGCCGUACGAACAAGCUCGUCGACGGCUGCUACAGCCAUUGGGUUGGUGGGUGUUGGCCGUUGAUCGACGCCGUGCUGAAGGGUGCGAGCGAGCUCGAGGAUCCGCCAACCGAUGGUCGACUCAGUCCCCAUCAGGGCAGUCUGUACAGUCGAGAAGGGCUGAUCCGGUACAUCCUAUGCUGCGGCCAGGACCGGUCGAAACGUGGUGGCCUCCGUGACAAGCCCAGCAGGCCCUCGGAUGCGUAUCACACUUGCUAUGUCCUCUCGGGGCUGAGCUCGGCGCAGCAUCAGUGGGAUCUUACAUAUGUCAACGAAGAUGAGACGAUCCUCCCAGAGCCCAAGUGGGUGGUGUCGCCGUGUGCCGAAGGAACACAGAUAUUCGACGAGGAGGACCGCGUCGGGACGAUCCACCCCGUCUACACCAUCCCCCAGGAGAGCGUCGACGACAUGAAGGCGUAUUUCGAGUCCAGACAGGGAUUCUGA